UGAGUGUCUUCUCAGUGUCAACAUAUUAUACAUUCCCCUUUUGACUCAUUGAAAAGAGAGCAUUGUUUCCAAGACUGACACCCAAAAAGUGAACCACAUUCCGCACACACAGCCCCAGGAAAAAUGAGGCUUUUUAAACUGACCUUCGCGGCCUGCUUGGCCGUGGCGGUUUGGGCUCAAGAAGAGGACCCCAAUGCCAAUAUUCGUCGCUUACGUUUCCGCCGUCCACGUCCACGUGUCUUGGGUGUGUCCAAUGAAGACGGUCUCGCUGAAGGCAGGCCAAUCCCGCUCAGGGCCGGACCUCAAGGUGUUGGAGUGGAUGACUUGGUGAGUCAAAGUAGACCCGAUACAGCACAACUGUUGGCUGACGCUCUUCAAGAUCAACCACAAGGUUUCAGGUCGCAAAGACCGAGACCUAGUGGAAACGAUCCCCUCCAAACCCUACUUGCCACUGCCGCCGGGGAACCUGUGUCCGAAGCUGAAGAACAACAACCAUUGGUCUUGGCUCCGUCUGCUUUCCCAUCAAGGGAGUCCCAACCUCAAUCUCGACCUCAAUCUAGACCUCAAUCUAGACCCCAAUCUCGACCCCAAUCUCGACCUCGAUUCCAACCUGAGGAAGAAGAAGAACAACAACGACAGCAACUUGUGGAAGAAGAGGAAGAGGAAGAUCCCAGAACUUUGGUUCAAGUGAAGUCCCGCCGCCCCGCUCCUGGUAUUCCCCGUCGUCGUGCUCGACCUCGUCCUUCUCAAAAUGCCAAUGCUGCACAGGUUGAACUUGAGCGUGGACAAAGCCAAGACUCUCGCCGCACCAUCCCCGUUGGAACUAGCGAGCGAUACUCUCAUAUGAACGAAGAUGGUAGCUUCACUUUUGGCUACAUGUCUGAGGAUGGAUCCUUCCGCGAGGAGACCCGAGGUGUGGAUUGCAUUACUCGUGGAAAAUAUGGUUACAUUGAUCCUGAUGGUAUGAAACGCGAGUUCACUUAUGUUAGUGGCCUCCCCUGCGAAAUUGGCGAGAAUGGGAAAGUAGCUGGAGAAGAUGAGGAAGAGAAUGAGCUUCAGACUAUUGAAGACCCAAUUGCCCCUGGCGAGAGAUUCCGCACCACCCAAGCCGUUCAAUUGAAUGAUGAUGAAAUUCCCGAUUCCGCUCGUCCCCGAAUUAGACAACCUAUUCGCCGACCAGAAGAGGAUCGAAGACCCAUUCAAAGAGUAAGAGAUCCCGCCCCAGCCUCUGCCCGACGACCCAAUGCUCAAAAUAGCGGUAGCGCCUUUGAAAGCCUUCUUCAAAUUGCUGAUCGAGAUCAACAGUCUGGGCCACCCCCUUCACCCCCAACUCGUCGCCCCAACCUUCGCGCUAGGCCUACUCCCACUCGGAUUGCUGCACGCCCUGAGGCUCGACCCACACAAAGACCAAGUUCUUUUGAUUUUGACCAAGAACUUGAAGGGUUUGCUCUGAACAGACCAGCCCUCACAUUCGAUGAAGAAAGACGGAAACAACAAGCUGGCCCACCUCGUGACCAAGGCCCUAACUUUGCUAGUGAGCUGGUGUUCAACCCCGAAACUGGCACUUUUCAAACCGAGCUUAGACAAACUGUUCCAGGAGGAGAGAUCAAUUUGGCUGAAAAGGAUGCCCCUUCUGGAUUUAGGCAACCAACUCAACAGACUCCUAGAACUUCAUUCGCCCCCACCCCUGCUCCACCUCAAAGAACUUUCUCUGCCACCCCUAUUCCAUCCACUGCCACCUCUGCUCGACCAUUCACCGCUUUCAGCCAAUCCUCACCUGCUUCUCCUGGCCCUGUUCAGUUUGAACCUUUAAGCUUCCCGGAUCCGUCUUCUGUGACGCCCCGCGGUCCUACCACUCCUGUGCCCAGAACACCUACCCCUGGAACUCCUCGACCUCAGCCUUCACCUACACCAACGGCUGCACGAAACAGUAGUCCCUCCCCAAGCCCCACCAACAGCUUCUUCUUCCAACCUUUCUCGACAGCUGGACAACCCCCAUCGCCCACACCCACCGCCGCCAGGCCAACGCCCAAUCCAUCUCCUGCGACUGCUUCAUCUUUCACUCUUGGCCCAAGACCUGUUGAAGCCUCCCGGGCUUCGCCCACCCCCAUACCUAACCAAUCAAGGGCCCCUCCUCCGACUCCUCAACUUCAAUUUGGUUUCAACCCAAUUCAACAACAACAACAACAACAGCGACAACAACAACAACGGCAACAACAACAGCAGUCACAAGGCCGACCUUUCACCGCUUUCUCCGCUGGAGUUCCACCCCAACUGAAUGGCGCAAGCCAACCCUUCCAAAGAGGCCCUCCUCCUCCCUCAUUCCAAAGAGGACCUCCACCCCCUCAAUUCCAACGCAAUCUACCCCCUCCACCUCAAGGCCAGUUCCAACGGGGUCCUCCUCAAGGAUUUGGACCUCGACCUAAUGGACCACGCCCUAAUGGACCUCCCCAACAGUUGGGCAUCCCUCCUCAGCUUCAACAGGGUGGUCGUUUCUUGGACUUUAACCGACCACCACCCUCUCAGGGUAACCCCCAACAACAAGGGGGCUUUGCAGUGUUUAAUCCCGCUUCCCUGCAAGGAGCAUAAAUCAAACUAGUGCCUUAGCAAACACUCCAAUCUUGCCUGUUCUGUUGCGAUAUGCUCAAAUUUAUUGUUUUAAGUGUGAAUUUGACUCGUUCACGGCCCCUCCCUGCUUUGUGUUGGUGUGGCCUUGUAUGCUCUGUGAAUCACGUACCUUGUGGACGUCCCAACUCUUGCACCUCUGCCCAACCUCUUCAGCCCUUCCACGUUCCAUCUGACUCCACCUCCUCUCAUCUUUGCAAUGAUCAACGCAGGCGUUGUGCAAUUAAUUACCCCUCCCAUGUCCUAACUCAUCAGAGAUUUCAUUCAGUGCCGCAACCUCUAUCUCCCACACAUUGACGCCUCACGAAGAAGUGUCUCUUCAUUCUUGUUCUGGCGUCUGAAUUGAAUGGGAAAUAUUGCUCUACCGGAAUGCAACAUCCUCUUUCAAGCAAAAGGCGAACUUCCCGCACUCUGCACUACGAUUGAUUGGUGGCUUGGGUUCGUUUGUUAUUCCUUCGUGCAGCAGUUUGCUUCCGUCUUCUGCUUCUUCAUUCGUGAAUUGUGUCCUUGAAAUUGCCCCAAUUUCACUGUCAAGGCCACGCACCUCUCUCUCUCUUUCUCUCUCCCUCUCUUUUUUUUCCUUUGCUUCGGUCUCCUCUACAUUUGUAGCGGCCAGAAACCACUCGCCAACGUAGCCCAGGCUUCACCACAUACUCAGACUUGAUGCACGAUCAUUCCGGGGAUCCUAUCAGGUCAAGCCUGGGGCAAGGUAGCUGGCAAUAAUACCAAUGGUAUGCAUUGCCAUGCUUCAAGGGGGAAGUCGUAGACCAAAAUGUAGGGCAACAAUUUUAGACGCCUCAAGGAAAACCAGUCGGAAAAAGUCAUCCACUCCCCGAGCGGUCCGGUUAACCACACCCUAUCAACUUCAGAAAAUAACUCCUCGAGGCCAGAUAUGUAAUGUUUCAGGUCGAACUUCCUCUGGUUCGUUUCCUUUCUAGAUCUACAUGAAAUGAACCGUUCCCUCCUUCUUCGGCGAAUUUAGCAUACUCCUCUGUUAGAUUUCUUACUUUCGCUAUCUUAACCACACCCACAAGUACCUUGAUACCAAAAACCACGUCCCACUCCUUAUCCUAGUCCCGUAUGAUCGUAAUAUACGAAUCAUCAUGCGUCGUCCCAAUUGUCCAAUGUGUGUUGAAACAGACAAAUACAUAAAUAUC